UUUUUUUCGCGCGUUUUUCGUUAUCUCUUCAUAAUUCGUUAUCUCGGAUUUAAAACCGCGUUUUUGUUGUUUAGUUUCGCUCUAAAGGAAGUGCAAAAAGUGUUGCGUGUGUGCGUGGCUCGUGUCGCUUCGUUUUUUGGCGUUUGAUUCUAACCUCAAAAUGUCGAAACCGGUGAAAAAACCUCGCAAAAAAGCAACAACCGGCUAUAAAAUGCCGGAGCCGCUGCCUGCAGGGGAAGUCCUGGUUGAUGUGGGGAAGAACCAGUGGAGGUUGGGGCCGUCCAUCGGCAAAGGGGGCUUUGGGGAGAUUUACGCAGCUCAGGAGGCCUCCUCCAAGUCCCCCAAAUACCCCUACGUUGUGAAGGUGGAGCCUCACGGCAACGGCCCCCUUUUCGUCGAGAUGCACUUCUACAUGAAAAACGCCAAACAGGCCGACAUUGAGGCUUUUAUGAAAAAGCACAAAUUGAAAACGUUCGGAAUGCCGGCGUAUUUGGGGUCAGGGUCGCACGAAAUGGGGGCUUCCAAAUACCGGUUUAUUGUCAUGGAGAAAUUCGGGGCUGAUAUUGACCAACUGAGGCGGGACAAGGGGGCCCUUUCGAGCACGUCCGUUUUUCAAAUGGGGUGGCAAAUUACCUACGUUCUGGAAUAUAUUCAUGACUUUGGGUACAUCCAUGGGGACAUAAAAGGGGGCAAUGUCCUUCUGGGGGUCAAUAAAAGCCAGGUCUACCUCGUGGAUUUUGGUCUCGCGACCAAGUUUAGCACAGAGCGGGAGUUUAAACCGAACCCCAAAAAAGCCCACGAUGGCACCAUUGAGUACACCAGCCGGGACGCCCAUCAUGGGGUGCCCACCAGACGUGGCGAUUUCGAAAUUCUGGGCUUUAAUUUAAUUCAUUGGUUGGGGGGCACCCUCCCCUGGGACUCGCACUUAAGCGACCCCAAAACCGUCCAACAGUUGAAGGAAGACAAUUUAAAAGACGUCCCAAAGUUUAUUAAAACGUGCCUGGGCAAGAAAUCCGAAACUUUAAUCAAAUAUUUCCAAUACGUUAAUAGUUUAAAGUUUGAUGAGGUGCCUGAUUAUAAGAAAAUUCGGUCGUUGUUUGAGGACGAAAUUCGCAAGAAUGGCAAAACUGUGGACAGUCCUUUUGACUUCCUUGGGACAGUGAAAAAAAGAAGAAGUUUAUGUGGGGAUAGAUUGGAUGAUGGAGAUGAUGAAAAUGUCACACCUGUGAAGAAACUGGCGAAAAAAAAGGAGAAGAAACAGAAGGAAGUGAUAGAAAAUAAGACUGAAGAGGUGAUGACACCCGCCAUGAAAGAAAUCUUAGCCAAGAAGGAGAAAAAUGCGCUCAAAAAAAAGAAAACCAAAACUAGUGAUGAUAAAAAUGGUGAGGUUGACAACGCCGGAAUGAUGGAAAUAAGAAAGAAAAAAGACAAAGCUAGUGAAGAGACAAAUGGUCAUCUUGGGGCACGAAAGAAGAAAACGAAAGCCAGUAGUGAUGAUAGCGAUGGCGAAGUAUACAAUGCCGAAAUGCUCGAAAUAAAACAGAAGAUUAACAAAGGAAGAAGUGAAGAAGUGAGAGAGAACGGAAGACCUAGGCGCCAUCUCCCGGCUUGUAAUUACGACGAGCGAACUCCCAGACAACCGAGGAAGAAGACUUAGUACCUUUACUGUUUUUUACGAAUUAAUAAAAAUAAAGAUUUUAAAAGUAAA